AUGGUGUGCUUCUGGGGAGGCCUAGCCGAGCCCUUCAGGUCCCUGAUGCCAUUCUGGCACCCCGGGGAGACCCUGGAGGACUAUAUCAACCUGGCUCUGCAGGUGAGCGGCUCAGCCAUCAGGGUGGGGAUGCCUACUCAGGAUGUUGCCUGCGAGGCGGAGGGUUCCGCCAAGGAGGCGUCUGCUAACAGUCCCCCCGAGGAGGCGUCCGCUAGCAGUUCCCCCGAGGCGGCGUCCGCCAACAGUUCCCCCGAGGCGGCGUCCGCUAACAGUUCCCCCGGGGAGGCGUCCCCUCACAGUUCCCCUGAGGCGGCAUCCGCUAACAGUUCCCCUGAGGUGGCGUCCACUAACUGUUCCCCUGAGGUGGCGUCCGCUAACUGUUCCCCCGAGGUGGCGUCCGCUAACAGUUCCCCCAAGGAGGCGUCCACUAACAGUUCCCCCAAGGAGGCGUCCGCUAACAGUUCCCCCGAGGAGGCGUCCACUAACAGUUCCCCCGAGGAGGCAUCCGCUAACAGUUCCCCCGAGGAGGCAUCAGCUCACAGUUCCCCUGAAGCGACGUCCGCUCACAGUUCACCCGAGGAGGCGUCUGCUCACAGUUCCUCCGAAGCGGCGUCCGCUAACAGUUCCCCCGAAGCGACGUCCGCUCACAGUUCACCCGAGGAGGUGUCUGCUCACAGUUCCCCCGAGGAGACGUCCACUCACAGUUCACCCGAGGAGACGUCCGCUCACAGUUCACCCGAGGAGACGUCCGCUAACAGUUCCCCCGAGAAGGCAUCCGCUCACAGUUCCCCCGAGGAGAUGUCCGCUAACAGUUCCCCCGAGGAGGAGUCCGCUAACAGUUCCCCCAAGGAGGUGUCCGCUCACAGUUCACCCGAGGAGACGUCCGCUAACAGUUCCCCCGAGAAGACGUCCGCUAACAGUUCCCCCGAGGAGGCGUCUGCUCACAGUUCCCCGGAGGAGGCGUCCGCUAACAGUUCACCCGAGGAGGUGUCUGCUCACAGUUCCCCCGAGGAGACGUCCACUCACAGUUCACCCGAGGAGACGUCCGCUCACAGUUCACCCGAGGAGACGUCCGCUAACAGUUCCCCCGAGAAGGCAUCCGCUCACAGUUCCCCCGAGGAGACGUCCGCUAACAGUUCCCCCGAGGAGGAGUCCGCUAACAGUUCCCCCAAGGAGGUGUCCGCUCACAGUUCACCCGAGGAGACGUCCGCUAACAGUUCCCCCGAGAAGGCAUCCGCUCACAGUUCCCCCGAGGAGACGUCCGCUCACAGUUCCCCCGAGGAGGCGUCCGCUCACAGUUCACCCGAGGAGACGUCCGCUAACAGUUCCCCCGAGAAGGCAUCCGCUCACAGUUCCCCCGAGGAGACGUCCGCUAACAGUUCCCCCGAGGAGGCGUCUGCUCACAGUUCCCCCGAGGAGGCGUCCGCUAACAGUUCCCCCAAGGAGGCGUCCGCUAACAGUUCCCCCAAGCCGGCGUCUGCUCACAGUUCCCCCGAGGAGGUGUCUGCUCACAGUUCCCCCGAGAAGGCAUCCGCUCACAGUUCCCCCGAGGAGGCGUCCGCUAACAGUUCCCCUGAAGCGGCGUCCGCUCACAGUUCCCCCGAGAAGGCAUCCGCUCACAGUUCCCCCGAGGAGAUGUCCGCUAACAGUUCCCCCGAGGAGGCGUCUGCUCACAGUUCCCCCGAGGAGGCGUCCGCUAACAGUUCCCCCAAGGCGGCGUCUGCUCACAGUUCCCCCGAGGAGGCAUCCGCUAACAGUUCCCCCAAGGAGGUGUCCGCUAACAGUUCCCCCGAGGAAGCGUCUGCUCACAGUUCCCCUGAGGAGGCAUCUGCUCACAGUUCCCUUGAGGAGGCGUCUGCUCACAGUUCCCCCGAGGAGGCGUCCGCUAACAGUUCCCCCGAGGAGGCGUCUGCUCACAGUUCCCCUGAGGAGGCAUCUGCUCACAGUUCCCUUGAGGAGGCGUCUGCUCACAGUUCCCCCGAGGAGGCGUCCGCUAACAGUUCCCCCGAGGAGGCGUCUCCUCACAGUUCCCCUGAGGAGGCAUCUGCUCACAGUUCCCUUGAGGAGGCGUCUGCUCACAGUUCCCCCGAGGAGGCGUCCGCUAACAGUUCCCCCGAGGAGGCGUCUGCUCACAGUUCCCCCGAGGAGGCGUCCGCUAACAGUUCCCCCGAGGAGGCGUCUGCUCACAGUUCCCCCAAGGAGGCGUCCGCUCACAUUUCCCCCGAGGAGGCGUCUGCUCACAGUUCCCCCGAGGAGGCGUCCGCUAACAGUUCCCCCAAGGAGGCGUCCGCUCACAUUUCCCCCGAGGAGGCGUCUGCUCACAGUUCCCCCGAGGAGGCGUCCGCUAACAGUUGCCCCAAGGAGGCGUCCGCUCACAUUUCCCCCGAGGAGGCGUCUGCUCACAGUUCCCCCGAGGAGGCGUCCGCUCACAGUUCCCCCGAGGAGGCGUCCGCUCACAGUUCCCCCAAGGAGGCAUCCGCUCACAGUUCCCCCGAGGAGGCGUCCGCUCACAGUUCCCCCAAGGAGGCAUCCGCUCACAGUUCCCCCGAAGCGGCGUCUGCUCACAAUUCCCCCGAGGAGGCGUCCGCUAACAGUUCCCCCCGAGGAGGCUAA